CUUCCGUAGCCGCCACGUGGCACCGCGUUUUCCUUUUCUCUCCUACUAUCUUCGACGGCGUUUACCAGUCUCUCAAAGUCUCACUCUCCUUUCUCCCCUUCAAACCGUUUCCUCCUAAUCUCUCUUUCUCUACUAUUGAACAACAAAACCCCAGAAUCCCAAUUUUCCUAUCCAUUUUCUCGGGAAUGUUUCAGAAAAUCAUCAGCCCAGAAAAAUGAACAACUAGUCCGUAAAAAGAUAUUUUCACUGGAUUUUAUUUUUAGGGGUUUCCGUUCGAAGCUCUGUGUUUGGAGGAUUUAGAUGGAUUUAGUUCUCUAUGCAGCAUAUACCUCGAUUUUUCACCAAUAGAAAGGUAAACAAAGACAUGGAUUCGAAGAAGGGCUCGAGGAAGCCGCGCUUGGAGCGCCGCAAUGCUGCAAAGCACAUUGACUACAACGCGACCUCGUCGUCUUCGUCGAUUGAAUCUUCGCCGUCUCCGUCGCUUCAUACUCGCUCCCUCGAUUUGUCGGAAAAGAUGAGUUUUCGAGUCGAGGGCACCGACGGCGAGUUUGAUCGGAUUUGCCGGAGUUUGGGGCUUUCCGGUCCUGAAGACUUUGCUAUUUCGCUGGCGGCGUGGGAGGCUCGGAAGGUCCGAUCGUCUUCUGAUCUUUUGCCCAGGUCUAAGCUUUACCCUUUGGAUAGCUUCAGUGAUUCGAAGAGGGAGCAAGACGAGGAUAGUGGAGCAGCGAUUGCCAAAUUGUCUGAUAGGUUUACGGAUGCUGCAAUUAGGGAUGUUACUGAGUCGACUCGGGCUCAUCCAGCUGAGUCUAGUGGGUGUUGUACUGCUGACGACAGUUUUUGUGCUGGUGGCGGUACUGCCGUUGUUGCCGUUGGAGGAGGAAUUAAGGGUGUCCGGCCACCGUUGCUAAAGCCACCGCCUUCGAUGAGGCUUCCCGAGGUUGAUCUCACGAGCUCGACCUGGGACCUUUUAAGGGAUUUUGCGCCCGACGACAACCAAGAUUCUUCACGAAUGCCCGUUGAAGAUUAUGCUUCUUCGGACGAAGAACGCACAGAAGAGGAGGAAGAACAAGAAGACAAAGUAAAACAAGUGCAGACGGAAGUCGUUGAGGAUCGAAACACAGAUAUCUCAGCAGGGAGGCCCGCCGUCGUUUCUGAGAAUGUGCCGCCCUCUGAAACGUGUUCGUUCACAACGUCUAACGAUGACGACUCUUCUAGCAGCACCACAGAGCCCUCAAACAUUUCUCCGAAUGGGAGAUUUAAGCGUAAUAUUUCCAAUUGGCUAAAGGGUGAGCUUCUGGGGCGCGGGUCAUUCGGUUCUGUAUAUGAAGGAAUUGCAGAUGAUGGUUUCUUUUUUGCCGUGAAGGAAGUUUCCUUGCUUGAUCAAGGAGAUCAAGGAAAACAAAGUAUUUAUCAGCUUGAGCAGGAGAUUGCUCUUCUAAGUCAGUUUGAACAUGAAAACAUAGUUCAAUAUCAUGGCACGGAUAAGGAUGACUCAAAGCUUUAUAUUUUUCUUGAGCUAGUAACCAAGGGAUCCUUGCAAAGACUUUAUCAGAGAUAUAAUCUUCGAGAUUCUCAAGUCUCUGCCUACACAAGACAAAUUUUGCUUGGUUUAAAGUAUCUUCAUGAUCGAAAUGUGGUUCACAGGGACAUUAAAUGUGCAAAUAUACUGGUAGAUGCAAGUGGAUCUGUGAAGCUUGCAGAUUUUGGGUUGGCAAAGGCAACCAAAUUUAAUGACGUCAAAUCUACCAAGGGGACUGCUUGCUGGAUGGCUCCUGAGGUUGUUAACCGAAAGAAUCAAGGGUAUGGGCUUCCAGCUGAUAUAUGGAGUCUUGGGUGUACCGUGUUGGAGAUGUUGACGCAAAAGAUACCAUACUCUGAUUUGGAAUGGAUGCAGGCCUUAUUUAAAAUUGGAAAGGGUGUGCCACCUACUGUUCCUGAUUCUCUCUCUGAAGAGGCACGCGACUUUAUUUUCAAGUGCCUACAAGUAAAUCCUGAUGCUCGUCUCACUGCUGCUCAGCUCUUAGAACAUCCAUUUGUGAAGAAGCCCCUUCCAACAUCUUCUGGAUCAGCAUCACCUUAUAUUUUUGGUGUGCGGUCUUGAGAUAAUUUUCUCUCCAUUAGUUGUGAUUUGUACUUUAAGCUCCAUGUGUGCUGGAAAUUUCUGUGUUGCAUUCUCAAAUUGGGUAGGUUGAGCCGAGGACCCAUGCGUUAAAGCAAUCCUCAGUAUCUGAAAGAAUGUUUGAUCGAACUUGUAAAACAACUUCCAAGUAUCUGCUGAGGAUCUGCUAACGAGAUCUACGAAGUCUCCUUAGAACAACCAUUCAUUUUGGUGUAUUGGAUCCUCUACCUGAGAAUGUGUACUGGAGCUAAAUGCUCUUUUAAUGUUCUCUUCUCAUUUUACAUGAGUUUAUUGGAAGGAUUGGUGUAUUCAAGUCAGUCACAAAUCCUUUCUUUUGUUUUAAUUUUAGAAUAUUUAGUCGGUAAAGAGUCUGGUGUGGGGCAUUAGUUGUAAGAAUUGAAAAAAAAAAGAAAAAAAAAUGAAAACAAAAACAAAGAAAAUUGUUUGUAUAUAUAUGGUCAAUGUCCAAAUUUAAUAGUUGAUUUGUGUA